AUGACGAUGCUCCUGGAUGGAGGUCCACAGUUCCCCGGGCUCGGAGUGGGCAGCUUCGGCGCGCCGCGCCACCACGAAAUGCCCAACCGUGAGCCGGCGGGCAUGGGGCUGAGUCCCUUCGGGGACUCGUCUCACGCGGCGGCAGCGGCUGCCGCCGCCGCCUUCAAGCUGAGCCCAGCCGCGGCUCACGAUCUAUCUUCCGGCCAGAGCUCUGCCUUCACGCCGCAGGGUUCGGGUUACGCCAACGCACUGGGCCAUCACCACCACCACCAUCAUCACCACCAUCACCACACCAGCCAGGUGCCCAGCUACGGAGGUGCUGCCUCCGCAGCCUUCAGUUCCACGCGCGAUUUUCUGUUCCGCCAGCGCGGCUCCGGGCUCAGCGAGGCUACCUCGGGUGGCGGGCAACACGCGCUCUUCGCCGGUUCUGCGAGCAGUCUCCACGCUCCAGCUGGCAUUCCCGAACCCCCAAGUUACCUACUUUUCCCCGGGUUGCAUGAGCAGAGCGCCGGGCACCCGUCGCCUACAGGGCACGUGGACAACAACCAGGUCCACCUGGGUCUGCGCGGCGAGCUGUUUGGCCGUGCGGAUCCGUACCGCACGGUGGCCAGCCCGCGCACGGACCCUUAUACGGCCGGCGCGCAGUUCCCAAACUACAGCCCCGUGAACAUGAACGUGGGCGUGAACGUAGCGGCCCAUCACGGAGCUGGCGCCUUCUUCCGUUAUAUGCGGCAGCCCAUCAAGCAGGAGCUGUCGUGCAAGUGGAUCGACGAGGCUCAGCUAAGCCGGCCCAAGAAGAGCUGCGACCGGACCUUCAGCACCAUGCAUGAGCUGGUGACACAUGUCACUAUGGAGCACGUGGGGGGCCCGGAGCAGAACAACCACGUCUGCUACUGGGAGGAGUGCCCCCGCGAGGGAAAGUCCUUCAAGGCGAAGUACAAACUGGUCAACCACAUUCGAGUGCACACGGGCGAGAAGCCCUUCCCAUGUCCCUUCCCGGGCUGCGGAAAGAUCUUUGCCCGCUCCGAGAACCUCAAGAUCCACAAGAGGACCCACACAGGUGAGAAACCUUUCAAAUGUGAAUUUGAAGGCUGUGACAGGCGCUUUGCCAACAGCAGUGACCGCAAGAAGCACAUGCACGUGCAUACCUCGGACAAGCCCUAUAUCUGCAAAGUGUGUGACAAGUCGUACACGCACCCGAGUUCCCUGCGCAAGCACAUGAAGGUUCAUGAAUCUCAAGGGUCAGAUUCCUCCCCUGCUGCCAGUUCAGGCUAUGAAUCUUCCACUCCACCCGCUAUAGCUUCUGCAAACAGUAAAGAUACCACUAAAACCCCUUCUGCAGUUCAAACUAGCACCAGCCACAACCCUGGACUUCCUCCCAAUUUUAACGAAUGGUACGUCUGA